AAGUCGCAUAGACUUCUAUAUGAAAUAAAUUAGGGUUUUCACGGUGUCACACCCAGCGACGACGAGAAAGAAGUAAAGACGGAAUGGAAAACAGGAUCUGUGAUUUGCCCGAUGAUUUGCUCUUGCUGAUCUUGAUCCUCGUCCCAACAAAAGUCGCAGUCACCACUACAAUCUUGUCUAAACGAUGGCGUUUUGUCUCGAAGAUGCUGCGUCUACUCGAGUUCAAUGACGAUGGCAACGAGAAGCUGGGGUGGUUCAUUGACCAGUCAUUGCAACUCCAUAAGGCACCGAAGUUGAGGAGUUUGAUUGUUGAACUGGGUCCAAGUUGUACUGUUGACGUUGAUGUCGGAAAGUGGAUUGAGUACGCAGUUAAUCGUGGUGUGUACGUGUUAGAUUUCAAGCUCCUCUGGACCGCAAAACCCACAAGUUUUCCUAAGAGUCUUUACACAUGCGACACAAUCGUUGAUUUAUCUCUUUCCAAUGAGAUUUUUGUUGAUGUUUCCUCCCAGGCUCGCCUACCAUCUCUCUUACGUCUGAGUCUUCUACAUGUAGUGUACAAAGACGAAGACUCUCUUGUUAGGCUUUUAUCAAGCUCCCCUAUUCUCAAUAACCUAACGGUUGAACGACAUGAGGAGGACAACUUGACAAACUUUACCGUGAAAGUGCCUUCCCUACAAAUAUUGUAUUAUGUGACUACUUGGCGCAACAAGGAUGGUGAUGAUGAUCGACUCACUGGGUCGUUGGUAAUAGAUGCCCCUGCAUUAACAAAAUUUGACAUAAUUGACGUCUGGGAUUACUAUUGUUUGAUAGAGAAUAUGCCUUGCCUUGUUGAGGCAUACAUAGGCUUUGUUCCUAAUCCCAAUGAUAAGUUUUUAAGAAAUCUUGUAUCUGUCAGACAUCUUCUAUUGUGUUUGACCGAACCAAUGGUUGAGUGUUGUACCGCCACUAAGUUCUCUUGGCUCAUAGAGUUUUAUUUUCGUCCAGAAGAAUCAGUUGAUUGGUUGGAUUCUCUUAUGUUUUUGCUUCAGAAUAGUCCUAAACUAAAAACUCUUAUGAUCAAAACGGAACCCCAGAGUAUCGCACCAUCCUGGAACCAACCGAAUUCUAUUCCCGGAUGCUUGUCGUCUAAUCUAGAGAUCUUUGGGUGGGUAGACUAUGGAGGAAGAGAAGACGAGAAACAACUAGUCACAUACAUUCUAGCUAACGCAGAGUGUUUAAAGAAAGUGGAGAUAUCCUUCUUAGAUACCUCUAAUCUUGAAGAGAAACAAAAGGAGUUACAAUCUUCGCCUAGAAUUUCAUCAUCAUGUCAGCUUCUAUUCCCCACUCAAGUGGAAUGGGAUUUUUCUUAACUGAAUUUGUUUUUCUAUAAUGCAAAUUGGGUAAGGGUUGUCGAGGAAAAAAGUAUCCAAAGGCUUUAGAAUAUGGCAAUUCCAAAACUGCUUUUGGAACUUCAUUACUCAUAACACACAAUGUUAUAUAUAUGAUGAAUCCUAGAGGUUGAUUACAGA